AUGAUGCGCAGACUGAAAGCAACUCUCAAGGUCGCCGUGUACGGCACCGGCGCCUCUCUCGGAGCCUUCUUCUUCGCGACGAGGAAAAAUGUCUUUGUGCCUCUCGAUCCGACCGACGCGAUUUUUCACCACCGAUUGCUCCGUGAGCUCAAUCCCUCGAGCAAUCCCACAAUGCACGAUGUCUGUGUUCGCCGGAUACCCAUUUCGGACAUUCGCCCGGAGCUGCUCAACAAGGAGGGAGGGCUAGUCGAGGCGUUUUGUGCGGGAGUCUGGAGUGGAUGGGGCUACAAGGUGCAACGCGCCAUCCUAGCAAAGACAAACCAAGACGCCUCGACACAAUCUCAGCUGUGGUCCCCUGAUGAGCUUCGCAUGUCAGACUACAACGUUGGAACCCUCAUCACCGACCAUUUUGAAGUCGUCGAGAAAACGCCCACGAGCAUCCUCGUGCGCAGCGGCGAUUCUCCUCGAAACCAGGCGAUUCGGCAAGUCGAUGGACUGUUUGAGAUUUCUGCGGUUGUUAAGCACGAUGAAGGUGUUGUUGAUCUGGGGCUGAAAACGUGCUUCUUCCAAGGACUGGGCAAGGCCCAAGGACCCCCGGUGCCUGCGCCAAUCGAGUGGCUGCAUCGCCAGUAUGUCAAGUUGUUGCUGGAGACGGCCGUGCAGAAUCUUGUGGGCUAG